AUGUUAACCGCAGCGAAGCCGUCGACUCACCACAGAGCCACGCUCCUGUCUCUUCCAAACGAGCUCAUCCAACUUAUUCUCGAUCUCUUCCCGAUCCGCUCCCUCCUCCCUCUAACCCUUGUCUGCCAUCGCAUCCAUGACAUCAUCACGCGCCUCAUCCAUUACCGCCUGAACGCCCUCGUCUCAGCUAUCGAACCCGAUAACAUAUUCCUCGAAUGCUACCACCCAGUCUGCAAACCCGUAGGGCGGUAUUUGAAAUGCGCGCAUUUGCACACUGACGUCCUAACUAACGGCGCAUGCCCCCACAGCAAUGACACCACACAGAAUGACUGGCAUCUCCAUCGCAGCCAAAUUGACUCGUCAAAGUUUUCAUCAGUAGGAUAUCUGGGCCGUUUGAAAGAGUCCUACACCCACUUUCAUCCGCUGUGUCAUACUGGACCGUGGAUCAACACCAACAUGCACACGGCUCCUCCGCCGCGGUACAUACCAGUGGGCUCUCUGAGUUCGGAACAAACUCAUAGCACGCUCAUCAGAGGCUCCAUUUUUCUUGAUGAGAAUGAGUUAUUCUCGCAGCUUAUUACAGGAAUUUGGCUUGGGAGACAGAAUCGGCAGAUAUGUCUACUUGAUGGUGGUGUUUUAAGACUUUGGAGACAGUGGUUGGGAGAUAUGGAUAGGAGAGGGAAAUUCGCAGGAAAAAUGGCAUCGACAAGCCCGGCCAAAGGCUAUGGUGGUGGUGGUGGUAAGAGUUACUAUACAUUGGAGGUAGGGAGCGAGAAUCGUGGUGGAGAGUCACCGGUUUAUCCCUUGGAAGACCACAGCGUCGUCUGGCUUGGAGAAAAACGGGCUGGACUCAAGUUUCGCGCCUGUCAACAGAGGCGAACGGAAAACCUGUCGUUUACAGAUGAUUCUGGGAGUGAUGAGGCCGAUGAAGGCGACAAUGACGAUGGGAAUAACCCUGUCUGUUACGACGUUGAGAUUGAAGAGCUUCUUGUGCGGACUACGACCCUCUUGCUGGCGGCGGAUAAGGGCUUUUGGGUACAAUAA